AUUCCUGCCUGCAGUUGUAUAUCGCGCGUCCAGCUCGCGCCAUGCGUCCUACCACUUGAUCUAAUUACAUAAUCCAACCCCCCAGUUCAUUAAACACCAUAACCGUGUGUACAGUGGUUUGUGUUCCUCCGUUAGACACCCAUUGUGUUGUUGCAGACGCCCAUGGACUUAUAAAAGGCACACGAGACAUGAGACGCAAACGGUCGCUGACGGGCGUCGCUUGGUGACGCGACAUGGCCGGCCACGUCAGAAGCAUGCGUUGCAUCCUCUUCACGCUGCUCUCCCUGUCCCUCAACAGGAACCUGGCCUUCGUCCUCGACAAGCAGAACCCGUACUCCCAGUUCCGCAAAUGGAACGCUGGUUUGAACGGGACAUUGGAGUUGGAGUUCAAAACGGACCAGCCAAACGGCUUACUUUUGUAUACGGACGAUGGGACUUACGACUUUUUUGAGUUGAAACUAGUGAAUGGUGCUUUGCGUUUGAGGUACAAUUUGGGUGGUGGUGCGCAGAUUAUCACUGUGGGGAGUGACCUCAAUGACGGCCACUGGCAUAAGGUUCAGGUGGCCCGGCGGGACGAGCAGACGUCUCUCUCGGUGGACGGCAUCACGCAGAAUAAGACGUCACGCGGCAAGGAGUUCGCAUUCGGCAAGUUCAACACCAACUCCGAUGUGUUCGUGGGGGGGAUACCGCCUUCGUACAACUCAAAACUGACGACGUUAGCGUUGCCGUCCGUGAUCUUCGAGCCCAAGUUCCGGGGAGCGGUGCGCAACCUGGUGUACUCCGACCUGCCGGGGCAGCCGCCGCGCAGGCAGGAGCUGCGACACUCCAGGGACUUGAAGGUGCCUCGCAUAACCAACGCAAGUGGUGACGCGUGCGAGCGACGCGACCCGUGCCAACAUGGCGGCGUGUGCAUCAGCACAGACGACGGGCCCAUCUGCGAGUGCCGGGACGGAGACUAUGAGGGCGCCUUCUGUGAGAGAGACAAAGCACCUUCAGAAGCAACGUUCCGCGGCGCAGAGUUCCUGUCCUACGACCUGACGCAGACCGGCGGGGAGCCCAUCGUGAGCACGCAGGACGCCAUCUCCCUCUACUUUAAGACGAGACAGCCCAACGGCCUGCUGUUCUAUACUGGUCAUGAAGCGGACUACCUCAACUUGGCUGUCCGGGACGGAGGGCUGUCCCUGACCAUGGGGCUGGGCAACGGCAAGCAGGAGAUGCAUAUCAAACCCUCGAAGACCCGCUUCGAUGACCAUCAAUGGCAUAAAUUGACUGUAAGAAGAAGGAUACAAGAGAUUACGCCGUUCACGAGCUUUUGCAGGGUGUCAGCAGUGGUGGAUGACGUGUACUCGGAGCAUUCGCACGUGGCGGGGUCGUUCACCAUGCUGGCGAGUUCCCGCGCCCAUGUUGGGGGGUCUCUCAACGCACGGGCGCUGCCGGGGGCCAGAGUGCAUACUAACUUUAUCGGCUGUCUGAAAAAGGUGGAGUUCUCGGCAGAUACGCUGCGUCUCAACCUGAUAGACCUGGCGAGGACCGGGAGCAAGCUGAUCACUGUGACCGGGCGCCUGGAGUACGCGUGCUCGGCCACUGACUCCGCAGAUCCGGUCACCUUCGCCACCAAGGAUGCGCACUUGAUACUACCAAAGUGGGAGGCAGUGAAGACCGGAACCAUAUCGUUCAAGUUCAGAACAAAUGAGCCGAAUGGACUCAUUCUCUUCAACAUGGGCGCGAAGCCACCAAGGGUAGGUUGCACGGCGGAUCUGUUCGCCGUGGAGAUCCUGAACGGCUAUAUCUACGUGCACGUGGACCUUGGCUCCGGAGGAGUGAGGGUCAGAGCGUCCCGGAGGAGGGUGGACGACUCCCACUGGCACGAGUUCCUGUUGCGACGGACUGGGAGGGACGGGAGGGUCACCGUUGAUGGGGCCAACGCGGAGUUUAAGACUCCUGGUGAAUCCAAUCAGCUCGAGCUGGACGGCCCCCUGUUUGUGGGGGGUCUGGGGUCAGAGUACUCCGCCUCCCGGACCCCUGCGGUGCUGUGGACGGCUGCACUGAGGCAGGGCUUCGUCGGCUGCAUCCGCGACCUGGUGCUGAACGGCAAGCCACAGGAUCUUACGGCUUAUGCCAGGCAGCAGGAUUCUGCGUCAGUGAGACCAGCGUGCCACGUUCUAAUGAAGCAGUGCGUGAGCUCACCGUGUCAGCACGGCGGGGUGUGCUCCGAGGGCUGGAACCGAGGACUCUGCGACUGCUCUGCCACUAACUACGGAGGUCCGACUUGUGGACGAGAAUCUCCAACAAUAUUCCUCAACGGCAGUCAGCAUCUCACAGCUUCUCUCGGUCCGGAGCACGUCACACAGACGGAGGAGUUGCUGCUACGUUUCCGGACGAGCAAGGCUGGGUUGCUGCUCCGGACAGCGUCGGAACAUUCUGCUGAUAGGAUAGAGUUGGCUGUGGCUGCUGGGAGAGUCAGAGCAAGUGUUAGAUUGGGUGAUAGAGAAAAGAAUCUUCUAGCUGGCACCAACGUAGCAGACGACAAGUGGCAUACUGUCCGCUUCUCGCGCCGAGCUUCUAACCUUAAGCUGCAGGUAGACGGAGGGCAGCCAGUACGCGCUGAAACCAUUCUAGGAAAAGCUUCUACUUUAGAAAUCUCGACACUACAUUUAGGAGGACUAUAUCAUCCAGAAGAAGAAAUUCAAAUGACAUCGACGCUACCGAAUUUUGUUGGAUACCUUCAAAAAUUCGUUUUCAACGGAAUAAAGUACAUUGAUAUGGCCAAAACUUUAGGAAUCGGAGUAAGCGAUGAGAACAACAAUAUUUAUGAUAACUCCAAUAUAAUAUUCAAUGGGAAAUUUGUGAAACCGGAUUCCUUGAACGUUUAUAAAUCCGUUACGUUUAAAUCAAAACAUACUUACGUUGGACUACCAUUGCUAAAGGCAUAUGGGAACACGUACUUAGAUUUUUAUUUCCGAACAACAGAAAUGGAUGGUCUAUUAUUUUACAAUGGAGGGAAAAAGCAAGAUUUUAUUGCAGUAGAAUUAGUGAAUGGCCAUAUCCAUUGCGUUUUUAAUCUUGGCGAUGGAGUUGUUACGAUGAAAGACAAGAUAAAGAGCUUCCUCAAUGAUAACAGAUGGCAUACGGUGUCUAUCAGAAGACCGACCCCGAAGAUACAUACUAUGCAAGUUGAUGAGGAUUUGGAAAUGCAUACAACAAGUUCAAAUUUAAUGCUGGAAUUAGACAGCGUUUUAUAUGUGGGCGGAGUUCCAAAGGAUAUGUACACGUCUUUGCCAGUGGGAGUGUUGUCGAGACAAGGUUUUGAAGGUUGCAUGUCAAGUCUGGAUUUGCCUGGUGAAUCACCUUCUUUGAUUGAGGACGCUGUUGUUCCUAGUUCAUCUUUAGUAUCGGGUUGUGAAGGUCCUACGAAAUGUACACAUAACGCAUGUGCAAACAAAGGUGUUUGUGUGCAACAGUGGAACACAUAUGUAUGCGAUUGUGACCUGACUUCAUUCACUGGACCCACAUGUUACGAUGAAUCAAUCGCCUACGAGUUCGGUCCCGGCAGAGGCAUCAUAACGUACACGUUCCCGCCGAGCGCGGUCGCUGAUACUGAAACAGACAAAGUGGCGGUCGGCUUCGUCACCAGCAAGUCGGACGCGGUGCUCAUGAGGAUCGAGUCCUCCAACACACAGGAUUACAUGCAGAUGGAAAUCAUUCGCGGCAACCUGUUCAUGGUAUACAACGUGGGUGACGGAGACCACCCGCUGGGUGACGAGGCGGCGCGUGUUGACGACGGCGCGUACCACGUCGCCAGGUUCACCAGGAACGGCAGUCGAGCGGCGCUGCAGCUGGACAACUACGCUGUCAACAUCAGACAUCCACAGGGUGGCCAACAGUCCUCAAUAUUCAACAGUAUGUCUCGCAUCACGAUCGGCGGUGGCAGCGGUGGUGGGAGGUCGUUCAGCGGAGUGGUGGCAGGUCUGGUGGUGAAUGGAGCCCGACUGCUAGACCUGGCCGCUGCGGUUGACCCCGCUGCAGCAUUGCGAGGUGACGUGAGAAGAGCUCACACUCCAUUGGAUCGAGAUAUCAACAGGAUGCAGCAAACACCACCAUCUGGUUACGGAGGGCCGGGCGUGUUGGAUGAACUGGUAUACUCCGGCGCCGGGUCGGGAUGCAGGGAUGAUGACGAGGAUGCCUGCGUGCUUCCUGACGCGGGCUCUGGAGACGAUCUCAUUACUCCUGUGUAUGUUCCUUCUACGAGACGACCGCCUUCUAAGAUGCAUAAGGGAGAUAAGAGCGAGAAAAUGAUGAAACCAUGCGAUGAUGAAGACUGCAUAGAAGGAUCAGGUUCCAGUGGAGAAGAUAUCACAGAACCAGAACAUCCUAUGACAACUUCUGGAGCGAGCAGCACCCACGCAAUGACUUCACCAACAGCAACCAUAUCGGUAACAGAGCAUGUAGAGAAAACAGUUGGCUCCACCGCCGGCGGUACCGAUACCACUGGCACCACGAAGAGCGAUACCACUCUACCUGACCAUGAUAACAUGCACGCUGGCACGGUUGACAGUGGUACUGUACCAGAUAAGGGAACUACGCCUACUGAUGAUCGCUCACACCCUGGCCACUUCACUCCGACAUUGACAGGCAGACACACAGAGUCCACGCACACCACCGAAGACCAUCACAUCCCCGACUACGAAGACCAUCAUCAGAUAGAGAUCGAGACCCGCUCCCCAACGUACGAGAUAGAGGAGGGCCACGACCGGGUGCCGGGCAGAGUCCAUCCAGAUUAUAAUGGAUAUGAGCAUGAGAUUACCACCAAGUGGUACCAUCCUAAGACUACGGACAAUAGAGUUACACCACCUGAGUCAGAGUUUUAUGCAACUAUUGUUGGUAUCGUGGCGAUAGUGCUGAUAGCUAUUAUAAUUAUAGUUAUAAUUGUGUUGAAAGUGAUGUUCCGCAUAGAUACCUCAUACAAGGUCACGGAAGACAAGAGCUAUCAGCAAAGUGCCAGCGCUGCUUUACUGGGGAACCAGGCCCACUCAAGUUACCAAACCGCUUCGAGCGUCCCAGCCGGCGGAGCAGCGCGGAACCUCGAACCUCUCCCGCUCAACAGGAACGGCACCACCCCCCUCGCGCCGCUCCCGCAACCCGUGAAGCGAGAUGGCAUCAAGGAGUGGUACGUGUAAGACAGAGAUGGAUAUACCACCCGCUGUUGUGUUUAAAAUGGAGUUACGCCACUUGUAUUGAUAAUGCAUGGUAUAACGAUUUCGAGCAUUAGGGCCAUGGAAGGUGUUUUCUUUUUGUUAUAUUAGAAGAAGAAGAAGAAGAAGAAGAAGAAAUACUUUAUUGCACACAAAAAUACAAUUAUAAAUUGAAACAUUAAAAACAUAAAUUAAACUUAGCAUGCAAAGGCGACCUUAUUACUAUAAGUAAUCUCUACCAGGCAACCCCUGACGAGAGAACUUUAGUAGUUGAUCAGUACAGCCAUUACACUUUCACAAGAUUCUGUCAAGCGUUGAAAUGGAUUGAAUGAAAACACACUUAAUUGACAGCAGAAAUCGAAAAUAACUAAGUAAUAAAAAGAAUUUAGAAAGAUGAAAAAUAGGCAGCCUUAUCACUUACAAGCAAACACUGCUACUAAUAAUUGAGAAAGUAAAAGUAUGGAUCUAACACAGAAAAUGUAAGCAGAUGCUAGAAUUUCCCUAAAAGGCACUAAAAAUUACAAUUGGGUUGAAUUUCGAAUUCAUUCUCUUUCCCUCAAGAAGUUAACUAUCUCUAAAGAAGAUUGAAUUGAAAAUUUUAUAAAAGCAAAAGGUAAAAAGUUGAAGCCACUAAUGCUUGAAAAAAUGCUAUUCAUAAAUCAAGUUAUUCUCUUCAUAAAUCAAGUGAUUCGGAGAAUAGUAGUGAUCUCAGUAAUGGCUAGUUCACCCUAUUAGCAAGUAAUAAUGAAGCGAUUUGAAGUAUUUUAGCAUACCAUCAGUUUGAAGAAGGUGUAGCCUGAACAAAAUAACUUACAUAGAUUAUCAAGCUGUCACGGUUUUUCAACAUCAGAUGAUAAAAUAAAGUCAGAUGCAAAUUUUUAUAAGAAAAUGUAAAAAAAAAUGUGUUCUGAAAUGUCCAUUAAAAUGUUCCUUUUCGGAUGGAUUCCUUGAUUAAAUUCUAAACUUCCAUGGCUGAAAUGCUCGAAGUGAUCGCCAACAUAAAACCAUGUCACACUAAUUUGUUCACCGUUUCAUUAAUUGAUUACCUACUUUUUUGGUAGAGUAACAAGGUGCUAAACUUUUCUGUAGGGAUAUUAUAAUUUGCACGUUUACUCACAUGUGUAAAAUAUUUGAAUGUUAGAGUUGAUUGCUCAAGUGAUACAAAAGUGACUACUGAUUUAAAUGAUGAUCAAUUUAAUUUCAAAUAAGAAUAAUGUUCAUACACAUUUCAAUUGAAUUUAGUUUCAAUCUUCCUAACCUCCAAGUAAGCAUUCAUUCAAAAUAUGAGCAUGCAAAUUAUAUGCUAUUGAUGAUGAUGAAGAUUAAGAAUACUAUGAUGAAUAUUUUACACAGAAAUAAUUAGGUAAACGUUUGCAUAAUAUAGUGCUCCUACUAGGUGGAAGUUAUACAAAGGCAUUGUUAAUACAAGUCUCGUAAGACGGGGACAUAUCAGCUGUAGAUCGAUUUAUAUACGAGAAUUAGUUGUGAUUCGAAUAUCAACCCGUAGUCGCUUGGUUCCUUAAUUAGCUGAAUGGAAUAUACAAAAUAAUGAUAUGAUUUGAGAAUGGUAUGUAUUUGGUAAUAAAUCGUUAAUGGUGUGAAUGAUGAGCAAGUAAAGGUUAAGUUGCAUUAAGAUAGAGAUGAUAAUACCGACUGAUACGCAAGUGUUAGAGCCUUUGUAGACAGUGACAUUCUUGUACGCACUACAAGCGUACUGCUUUACAAUAGCAUUUUGCUGAACGUCAUUGGUUUAUAUAUCAAGUAUUAAGUUAAGUAAAGUGAAUUGAAUAUUGCAACUAUUGUAAUGUUUUGUACAUCGCUUCCCAGUAGAUCUAAUUGAAGAUUCAAAAUAAAAUAUAAAUGCUAGUAUACAAUCUACUUCGGAGUUUAUAAUAUUUUGAUGUUAAUACAUCAAAAUAUUAUACAAUACAACAUAAUACUGAUGUUUUAAAAUUGUAUUUAGGUUAUGUAUAAAUGAGUUAUUAUGUAUAAAAAUCUUAAAUUUUUAAUUUCUUGUGGUGCUGUAAAAAUGUCACAGAUUCCAAAGGCUCUUAGUGUAAAUAUUAAUUAUGUAAAACGUUGUAGAACGGCACUUGUGAGAUCGUGUGUAUAAACUUGUUCCAUAAACCUUAAACUGUCAGGGAAGAUAUUUACUAUACAGCUCAUAAUAUAGAAUUACAUAGAGAAUACAGCACAGAUGUUUAACUUAUCAGUUACAUAUCAACAUAAAGCAGCAAGGAUUCUGGUGAUGGUAAUCAAACCAUGAUAGUUUGUAUAAAAUAACAGAUUUAAAGCAUUCUAUCAAAAAUUUUAUCCAAAAUUAUACGCCUGCCAAAUUAUAACAUGUUUGGAAAUGGUUUUUCCAGAAUUAAAAUCAUCAUCGAUUUCAACAAUUUCAUUAUAAUAAGCUACAGUAAAAUAUUUAGAGUUUGAUAGUAAAUAUUUUCUCCUAAGUUUUCGUUCAAUAAUUAGUUUAUUAACAUUGAUAUUAUAAUUAUUUUAAAACCAGGUUCUGGCACUGAUAUCUUUGAUUUGUAUAUCCACGUAAUGCAAUGUACUUUCUGGCUUUCAGACUAACUUCUUCUAAUAUAAAAUGAUUGUUGACAAUAUCUCGAUGAGAUGUCCAAAUUUUCCUCAGCAUCAUUUUGAAAUAAUAUUUUAAUGAGUAGACUUUAAAAAUUCGUGUUAAUUUAUAAUUACUUUGUUUAUAUAGAAAACAUGGAGAGUUACAUGAUUCGUCAUGCCUUUUGAAAACAACUUCUGGCCUUAAGCUGGUUAUUUAAUUGGAAAAUCGCAAUCUAGCAAUCUUUAGCAAUAGUAGGUAAUAUUAUGGUUACUUAAAUAAAAAUAUUGCCUACAUUACUUUAAAAGAUAUUGCGAAUCUUUAAAUUUAAAUACUUUUUUGUGAGACAAUCCUUUUAAACCCUUAUUAAUUAAAGAGUACAAGGCUAAAAUAAAAUGGCGCUGCCACCAAUGACAAUGAAGCAUAUCGUUCAAUUGAAGACUACGGUACUUUUACAAUUACAUGUUUCUCUUUCCUAUAUUUGUUAGGUCUUAUACAAUAUUUUAAAUAAAUAGGUAAUGCGAGUAGGGAAUUAUAAAGCUGAUCAGAAAUUUUAUUGUAUAGAAAAUGCAAAUGAUAAAGAAAUAUAGCUGAUGCCUUUCAGCUUAUUUGUAUUUUCAUUACUAAAACUGCGCAAACUAUAACUUGCGAUCAUUAGAAAAUGGUAUGUUAUUGAGAAAAAAGGCGACAUCAGCUUUGAUAUAGACAGGUAUAAUAACAUAGAUGGCGUAAAAACAUACGAGCUUGUAGGAAAUGGUGGUUCUGUAGAGAUUGUUAUGCAUUAUCCCAUUUAGACAUUAGAGAUCAGGGAUUUGGUGACAGAUUUCCUAUGGGUCCAUGAAAAUACUUUAUAUAUUAUACUCUUGAAUACCGUACUAUGAAUUUUGCUAUCCGUUUUCCAUGGAUAGACGUUCGAAGUACGUUUUGCAUAUUUCUAAAUUUAUUUGGACCUUGCUCAGACUAUAAUUUUCAGGGUAUACUUAUCAUCCCAUUACCUUAAUUUUCCAUUGUCUAUCGGUUUUUUAGCAUUUGUAUCUAGAAUAAUACAUAUAUUUUGCAAAUGAAGAUUAAAAACACCUAUAAUUUGUUAAUCUUUUAAGUUAAGCUUUGCUUUCUCUCAACAUUAAUUUAGAGUAACAAUAACUUUAUGUUAUAUGGAUACCUAGGAUAUCUGAUGUCAUUCUCCGAUACUAUUAUUUUCGAAAAAGAAUAUAUUAAUUCUGUUACUGAUUAUUUAAACAAAGGCCUAAUCAUUAAAAACAUCAUAUUAAAUUUUCCAAAUGUUAAAUCAAAUGUAAAUAUUUUAUUAAAACAAUAAAACUCAAUCCAGAAACGUCAAAUAAAUUUCAUGAAACUAAUCCAGGACUAGUUCCUUAAUGCGUCCUAAUUGUAUCCUAUUUAUAAUGUAAUGUAUUUCAAAUAAUAAAUCGCAAAAAUGUUCAUGCUCAUUUUGUAUACACCUGAGUAUAUUUCACUCAUUAGACUUGUCGUUUUUAUUUAGUUUUGGUUUUCUUUAGAAAUUUAUUAUGGAUUUUGCAAAAUGUACUUUAUUUUAAUGCUUUAGUUAUAUUAUAAUCUUUUUUAAAUUGUGUCAAUACUCAAGUGUUUAAGAUUUUCUCACCAUCAUGUUGUAUUUUGUUUUUGUUCAUUAUAUCGUUGAUUAUUUUAAUAAAUACUCAAGCAUUAUGGUAAUAAAAUCGUUUCUGUGCUUAUUUUGUGUCUUCAAUCUUUACAUCUUCAUUUAAUAAGUAUUACUUAUCAACUAUAACAUAUUACCAAUUUUUAAUUUUAAAAUCAUAAAUAGAUUUUUGGUAAUCUCAUUUUUAUAUAAUUACAAUAACUGAUUAUAUUAUUAUUAGUUAGAUUUGUUUAUUAUAAGCUAUGUCAUUUACUUUGAAAGCUUUUACAUUACGGAUGCCUUGCUUGUAUUUUUUAUAAUAAAAUACUACAUCCACCGUCCCGUUUUCCUCUUUCCCAAUAUUUCAAUAGCUAUGUUCAUAUUCAAACACUUUUAUCUUAAUCUUGUUGAUUGAUGAUUAUUUUAAACUGGUACCUGUUCUCACCCACUUACAUUUUUGUACAACAUAUCAAUUAGUUAUCAGCAAUAGUCCGCUCCCAAUGUGAGUGUAGACCGAUUUUACUUCAAUUAGGUUGAUUUACAUCAAGUAACUGAAGAAAAUGCAAGAUUAAGAUAAAAACAAGCUGUGGACGUAGCUAAUUAGCUUUAACGAUAAAGUCAUAUUUAUAUAGAUUGUUAUGGAGCACAGGUUUUAGGGACUCGAAGUUGCAUUUAUUGUAUAUAGUAAUAUAUGAAUAACUUAAUGUAAUGUAAGCGGUAUUGUACGGUGUAACGUCACACUCGUUUUACGGCACAAAGCGUUAGAACAAUUUGUUUGUCUGUCAAUUUUAGUCGUAAUUAUAAUAGUUAAUGUAUUUUAGUUAUUUGUACCAAUAAAUGUACCGUGAUAAUUUUUACUUUUACAGUUUAAGUUCUCACAAUACAAUAUUACGUAAGAUCCCCGAUCAAUUUGUUUGAAUGUGAGCAAUGUUUUAUGAAAACAUUUUAAAUGUUUAAUUGUUUCGACCACACACAUUUAAAGUUGUUGUACAGUCAAGAUUUGUUUGUGUAAAGCGAUCAGAUUUUGAAAUAAUAAUACAUUAUGUAAUUUACA